AUGCUGCCUCCAUUUGACUACCUUUCCUACCGUCGCAUACGGAAAGAUAAGCAACAAGAGCGUACACUACGUUUCGCAGCCCUUCCAUCCUCCUACCACCUACGUAUCACCGACAAUGACAAGAAAGUCAUUAACCAGCCCAUUGAGGAACUAGUCCACGAUGUUCAAGACUCAGCAGUCUCUCCCCAUGAUAUUCUCCGGGUCUAUGGCAAAGUAGCCAAGAGGGCCCAGGAACGCACCAACUGCAUCACGGAGGUCCUGCUUCGUGAUGCGGAGUCGUGGCUCGACUCCGACAUCAACCUAAAGGGUCCUCUGGCUGGCAUACCUGUCUCACUGAAGGACUCAAUCAACGUCAAAGGGUUUGAUACCUCGGUUGGCUACGCCUCUUUGACCGGCAGGCCUCUCUUGGAAGAUGGACCCCUGGUCAAGCUCUUGAAGGAUGCUGGUGCGGUCCCAUAUGUCAAGACCGCGUUGCCAAUCACUCUCCUCUCUUUUGAGUCUGCCAACGGGCUCUGGGGCACUUGCCGCAACCCACAUGUCCCCGCAUACUCGCCCGGUGGUUCAACCGGUGGAGAGGGAGCCUUGCUCGCCCAGGGUGGUCGAAUCGGCAUCGGUUCCGAUGUCGCUGGAUCUGUCCGUGUCCCCGCUGCGUGGAGCGGCAUCUACUCUCUCCGCUGCUCCACUGGUCGCUGGCCCAAGGCCGGUGUCAACACCAGCAUGCCCGGCCAAGAGGGUGUCCCUAGCGUUUUUAGCCCAAUGGCCCGCACUUUGGAUGAUCUGACCUACUUCACCCGUGCCAUCAUUGGCAUGCAGCCCUGGAAGUAUGAUCACAGCGUUCACCCGAUAGUCUGGCGCAACGACCUUGAGUCUGACGCUCAGAACAAGCCUUUGCGCAUUGGCCUCAUGAGCUCUGACGGCGUCAUUCCCCCAACACCUGCCAUUGAGCGUGCGCUCUCCACUACCGUCGCCGCGCUAACUGAGGCUGGCCACACCGUAUCGGAGAUUACAACUCCAUCCUCCGCAGACCCUUUCACAGGGCUGAACCUCGCAGCCCAACUCCUCAAUUCAGAUGGCUGUCAUCAUUUCAACGUUCCUCGCAGGUCAUUUGAGCCCUCCGACCCGGGCGCGCUGCAACUAGCCCGCAUUGCCCACCUUCCCCGCCCCGUCACCGCCACUUUGAUCCGUGACUUCGGCCCCAAGUCCGCUGCCCAGCUGUGGACUCUGACCGCCCGCCGUGAAGCCUUCCGCGCUGCCUGGCAUCAAUGGUGGGACGCGGAGUCCCAGCAAUUCGAUUUCAUUCUUUGCCCUGUCAACGCCACCCCGGCCCUCCCGCAUAACGCCAUGCACGAUGCCGUCUCUUCGUGCGGUUAUACCUUCCUCUGGAACUUGCUCGACUACUCCGCUGGCGUGAUUCCUGUCGGCCACGUCGAUGCGGGCCGUGAUGCGCUCGUCGCGCCCUACAAGACUACUCUGAAACGGCUUGGCGCAGACCAUGGGCUUGCUCGAGGUGCGUGGAAGCACUAUGACUCCGCCAAAAUGGCGGGUCUCCCCACUGCCGUGCAAGUGGUCGGUCGUCGCUGGCAAGAGGAGCAUGUGCUUGGUUACAUGGCUGUGGUGGAGAAGGCGCUGGAAGAGUACCUGGACCCGCAGACCGGUCGGAGCUGCAGAUAUACCCUGCUCGAGAUUGACUAG